AUGUUUGUCACCAAUAUUUGUCGAAAUUCAUUAAAAGCGCAUAAGACGUAUGUGUUAAGUAAAGUCCUAUGCAGUCGGGGCUUUUUUGACUUAUUUUUUAAGUGCACUUCAAUGAGUUGGCAUCAGCCUGGUCUUGAUGUUAGUGCGGCUCCUUUACAUCAACUUACACCUCAUGGUCUAUUGUCAAAUGAAUAUCUUUCUGGGUUUGAUCAGAGUUCUGGUGGUAUGGAUUCGGAAAACGCACUCUUGACGGAGCAGCGUGCACAGUUGACAGGAAGAGAACUUCAACAACUUCUUAGUGUUGCUCACCAAAGUUUAGAUGAAGCUCAGGAAAGAAAACAGUCAUUAAAUAGUCAUAGAUUAAAGCCUGCUCUAUACAGUGUGUUCUGUGAAAUCAAGGAGAAAACAGCUCUAAGUUUGAGGAACUCAGCUGUUUCUGCUGUAGAAGAUGAAGCUAAUUCACCAGAUCCUCAGCUUUUACGCUUGGAUAAAAUGUUAGUUGCUGAAGGUGUAACAGGACCUGGCGGUAGUCUGAAUAAUGAUCUAAGUGACGGUCCUGGAGACUUGGGUGGGGGACCCGGUGAUUGUAAUCAAAUUGAACAUGCUGAUUAUCGCGCCAAAUUGUCUCAGAUUCGCCAGAUAUAUCAUGCAGAAUUGGAGAAAUAUAAAAAUGCGUGUGAUGAAUUCACAGGACAUGUUAUAAAUUUAUUGCGUGAACAGAGUCGUAGUCGACCUAUAAGUCCAGCAGAAAUUGAACUUAUGGUUGGUAUAAUUCGGAGGAAGUUUCGAGCAAUUGAAACACAGCUGAAACAAAGUACUUGUGAAGCAGUUAUGAUAUUGCGAUCUCGAUUUUUGGACGCUAGACGCAAACGUCGAAAUUUCAGUAAAGAAGCUACUGAAGUACUAAAUGAAUAUUUCUACUCUCAUUUGGCUAAUCCAUAUCCUUCAGAAGAAGCGAAAGAAGAAUUAGCCAAAAAAUGUGGGAUAACUGUUUCACAAGUCUCUAAUUGGUUUGGAAACAAACGUAUUCGGUACAAGAAGAACAUUGUAAAGGCUCAAGAGGAAGCAAAUAUGUAUGCUGCGGCAACAGCCGCGGCAGCAGCUGCUGCUGGAUCUGUGGCAUCUGGAACUGGUGGUCCAACAUCAUCUGAUGAACAUUCUGUUGGAUAUGGUCAUCCUGGCUAUGAAUAUGAUGAUUCUAUGAGCCUUCAAAGACCUGUCCCUCAAAUGUCCUGUCCACCUGAUCAUGACACUUGGAUGGGUGGGGGAGGAGCUGGAGUUCUCGGACCGGGUAGUUUAGAUGAACCCGACUGCAAACGUAGUAAACUUUGAGUACAUCUAUGCGUAUGCGACAAGCUGUUCAAAUAACUUCAUUCACUACAUUUUACAGCUGAUGAAUUCGCCUUGAAGUAACUUAUUUGAUAAGCAUAUAUAUGUAUAUGCAUUCUCUUCAUCUGUUGGUUUAUGUUCCAUAUUUCGUUAGUUCUGUAUUCCUUUAAAACAUGUGUUUUGUAGAGGAAAUAAUACCGGGUUUACGGAGUAAUCCCACGCAAUAUAUACAAGCGGCUAUGUGUAUUGUUAUAGGCUGAAUUGUCUCGGCUUUUUCUUGCCUUUUGUUCUAUUCU